UUUUCAACACCUGUUACCUAUCUUUAAUCUAACUGAAUUUAAAGUUAGACAAAGCAUGCUCCGUCUAGUGAAUAAUUUUAGGAUAAAUUUUACGUUGGACUGUUGGACAAGGUAUACAGAUAGAUUUUGCUGAGAUGUUUUUGGGAUAGUACUUAUGUGGAAGUUUGUAGUGCAAGGCCCUAAAAGUGGAUUGUAUUGUUCAACAUAUAUAUGUGUCCUGGUUUUAGGAUUGGCUCUGUGUGUGUAUAUUACAGCGCUGUGUCCUACACAAUAUUGUGGCAUAAAAAAUAAUUGAUAUAUGACAUUCCUUAUCUGUCCGGUCUGGUGUGGACAUUAUCUGAGACAAGUGGUAUAAAGCUGUCUGAUCAAGGUUAAAGUGGGUUAAAGUGUUGGCGGUGGGGUGUAUUGUGUGAAUGACUAGAGAGGCAUGAGUAGGGCUAGUCACUAAUAUACACAUGUAUUCCAUAUCACUCCUACUGUAUAAACAUUACUCCUGUUCUACUACUUCACUGUGUACUAGUUUUGUUUGACUUACAACUUAUAUUACUAUCAAGUUUAUUCAUAACAACACACCAUAAUACCCGUAAUUUGGAUUAUAAUUUUUGCUUUCAACUGUAUUCACUCACGUGUGAGGUAUGCACACUGUAUAUGUUUGGCUGGGUUUCAUGGUUCACAUACUACAGUGUUACUAAUGUUAUCUUCAGUAACAGUGAAUGCACUCAACUGACCUUGACCUUGUUGGAAGCUAGAAGUUUUCCUGACUAAAUUUAAACCUUAGUAGUAGCGGCAGCAGCAGAAGAAUAGGCGUGGCCUUUCUGUGUGUAUAGGAGCCAUGGAUGGGGACGUGCCCAAGACAAAAGAGAAUGGGACCCCUCAGGACCCCUGUACGGGACUGGCCCCUAAGAAGGAGCUGCGGUUCGCCCUAGACAUGGCGGAUGGCCUGCUGAGUCAGGACCAUGAGGAGCUCUGUGAGCGUGUGUCGUACCUCGAGAAGAAGGUUCAGCAGCAAGAGGAUGAGAUUAUUUGCCUGAAGAGUGCUCUAGCUGACGUGAUUCGCCGUCUUGGCCAAGCAGAGGCAGGCAGAGCACAAAACAGUAUUUUGCCAUCCAAGCCGGCCUUCCGUGGCAGCCCAAGAACAAAGUCUUCCAGUUCACAUUCGAGUCGUACUGCUCACCUCAAUGCAUUGGAUAAUGCACAUGUGACUCCAGCUCGCAGUAACACACCACCUGCCACACGAAGCACUGCCUCACCUCGACCAUCUUCCUCAUCCAGCCUUUCAAAGAAAUGGUCGUCUAUGUCCAACCAGAACAGCAUCAGUGGCCACUCCAGUGUGAGACGUAGCGUUUCCCAGAGCAGCUUGCUGUUGCGGUCAAACCACCGAGGUUUUUGGAGGUUGUCUUCUUUCCAAACUCGUGCCAAAGAACCAGUAUGGAACAGCGAGGAAGGAUACUUGAAGAUUUACCUGCGUGGACGCCCAGUAAACCUGUACAGUCCAAGUUCUAUCUCCGAAUAUGACAUCUCCAAGAUGGGGGAAGUUCCUGAUGAAAAACUCCGUCUGGAAUGGGUCUAUGGUUACCGUGGGCGAGACUGUCGGUCCAAUCUGUAUUACCUGCCGACAGGGGAGAUGGUAUAUUUCUCGGCAGCUGUUGUUGUCCUUCACAACAUCGAGGAGAACACUCAAAGACACUACGUCGGCCACACAGAUGAUGUCAAAUGCUUGGCAAUUCACCCCGACAAGAUCAAAGUAGCCUCUGGACAGGUUGCAGGCCACAGUCGUGUUGAAGGCAAGAAGUUCGGUAAAAAGACAGAAAUACCUGUUGAGGAUCGUGAACAUUGGCCCCACGUCCGUGUCUGGGACUCCGUCAGCCUCAACACCAUCCACGUGGUCGGGGUCGGUGAGUUCGACCGUGCCGUCUGCUGCGUCUCCUUUUCCAAACUGGAUGGUGGCCAUCACCUUGUUGCCGUGGACGAUGCCAAUGAGCAUGUGAUAUCUGUGUGGGACAUUAGCCGUGAUUCGCCUCGUCGGAUCACAGAAACAAAGAGUUCCACUGAGCCUGUCCUUGCAGUUGAAUUCCAUCCCUCAGAGAAGAACUCCAUCAUCUCCUGUGGAAAGGGACAAAUCAACUUCUGGACAUUGGAGGGUGGCACAUUGGCCAGGAAACAGGGCAUCUUUGAUAAACAUGAAAAACCGAAGUAUGUGUUGUGUCUGGCAUUUGCCGAUAGUGGUGAAGUGAUCUCAGGCGACUCCAAUGGAAACAUCUUUAUUUGGGGCAAAGGAACCAACAGGAUCACUCAGGCGCUGACAGGAAGUCACGAGGGUGGUGUUUUCUCGCUGUGUGUCAUGAAAAAUGGAUGCUUGGUGUCUGGAGGUGGAAAGGACCGCAAAAUUAUUCAGUGGGACAACAACUACAAACCCACAGGAGUCGAAAACGAGGUUCCGGAAGCAUUUGGUGGUGUCCGGAUGCUAAGCCAAGGUAAAGGUGGUAUGGUGUUGGUAGGAACUACCAGGAACUGUAUCCUACAAGGAACUAUUGACCUGAAACUUGAUCCUGUUGUACAGGGCCACAUGGAUGAGCUGUGGGGCCUCGCCGCCCACCCUAACCAGAAACAGUUCCUCACCUGUGGUUCAGACAAACAGGUCCGCCUGUGGGACAGCCUGGCCAGAUCUGUUGUAUGGACCAAGGAAGUGGCAGAUCCCGCUCACUCUUGCUCUAUCAACCCCAAUGGUAACCUGGCAGCCAUUGGUACGGAGACUGGGCGCUGGUACGUCCUAGACCUUACCACUCACGAGAUCGUCACCAGUCACACUGACGGAAACGAACAGAUAGAAUGUGUGUUGUUCUCACCAGAUGGAACUUACUUAGCACUUGGCUCCCGCGACAACUACGUGUAUGUAUACGAGGUUCUUGAUGAUGGACAACGCUACAAUAGGAUCGGCAGGUGUUCGGGACACAGUAGUUUUAUUACACACAUUGACUGGUCAGCAGAUGCCCAGAACUUGGUCAGCAACUCUGGUGACUACGAGGUCCUCUAUUGGGCUGUUCCAAGCUGUAAACAGGUUACCUCUGCCUCCUCCCUCAAGGAUGUGGAAUGGGCCACACAGAACUGUACCCUAAGCUUUAAUACUGCCGGCAUUUGGCCAGAUGAUGCUGACGGUACGGAUGUAAACAAUUGCUGCCGCUCUAGUAAGCACCACCUAGUGGCCAGCGCUGACGACUUUGGAAAGGUGAACCUGUAUAAUUACCCAGCCUGUCAACCCAAGACUAAAGGCAGUGUGUAUGGAGGUCAUAGUAGUCAUGUGACCAGCGUGAACUUCCUGCAUGAUGACUCACGUCUGAUCUCAACUGGAGGACGGGACAUGAGCAUACUGCAGUGGGAAGUUGUGUGAAUGGUGGAACAGCCAUAAGAAAUACAGCAGCUAACUAGCUUUGGGUGGUGAAUUGAUGGAACAGCCAUAUAGCGACUGGCUGGCUGCUGGGACUGUAUACCUGGCUAGCAAGGACAUGUAUGGAGAUUCCUCAUGGAUUAUGAGUGCAGGAUCAAAUCUUUUGUUACUUAUGUGUGUUUGGUGGUAUAUUUGUAAUCUUAAGUACAGUUUUUGUAACAUUAGCAGCAGGGUGCAAGAGAGUAGACACACAGGGUAUAUACAUAUAUACACAUAGUGGACUGAACUCUUCAGUAUUACAGUAACCUAGGCAACUGACUGAUUAGAAUCCAGAACCAUUGGAGAGGGAGCGGGUAGAAUAUUUUUCUCGUUGAAAAUUAGACAGGAGUUACAAUGGUAGAUAAAUGUUUGUGAUUGAUUCUAGCCGAGAGAUAAUCGUGUUUGUGAUUGAUUCUAGCCGAGAGAUAAUCGUAAAUUACAGAAUGUGUUCAAUUAAAUAGCAAUCAGUUCAAAUAAAUCUGAACAGCGUUCUGUGUCUGUUGAAUCUGACCGACUUGUUCAAGAUUGUAAGGAGGACAGGUCUUUAGAUGGGAAAUAGUUUAUGAAAUACAUUGGAUGGGUUCUACGAUUAGAUGUUAUCUAUAUAUAAAAGAAAUUACGUACUAUGUUUAGAUGUGAGUAAUAUAUGUUACAUGGUUAAAUGUGUUAUAAGUUGAAUAAUAACUAGAUCAUAAUAUUCUUUUUUUAAUCUCGUGUACAAGUAAGAAAUAUCUACCAUUUCAAACUUAGAGAUAACUUCUUUGCAUAAUUAGGCAGCAGUGUGAUCUGCCUAGUUGCUACUGGUUUCAAUUAUACCAUUUGCAUGACAUUGACUUUUUUCCAAGUUAUUCAAUUAAAUACACAUAUAACCUCUUUGUUGAUUCAAAUGUAUACCUAUGUUGAGAAUUGUUUGUUCAAGUUUGAUAUGGAAGGAACUAUAGCAACAAUAUCUCGGAGCAGGCUUAAUCAAGAGAUACAAUUGUUUUACUUUGUAAUGCUGCAGUUCAUGUAUUGUAUGCUCUGAUGGACAGGUUAAGUUUUCUAUUGUUUCCCUUAAUAUACAAAAUGUUUUCUUUGUUGUGUGCUGUGUGUGGAACUUGUAUAUCAGGUUGUUUAAUCAGUGUCUGAAUGUAUUGUAAAAUUUUGACUCGCAGAUAUUUGUUUUUUUUUGUGAUAUUUUCUAGAUGAUGUUUGUCUAGCUCUUUUAUAAAAAGACAAAUGUUAAUUUUUGCCUACAGCAUUUGUCUUUUGACAAAAAAAAAUGUGUUAGACUCUGUUUUCUAAUGUUCAGCCUAUUGCCCUAAGAAACAUCACUGCCAGGGAUAUGCAUCAUUAUUAUGUUAGCAAUAAGUCCUGAAACUGUGGCCUUAUUACUGUAGGACUCGUCCCAAACAUCAGGAAUACAUACAAUCAUCAUCUAUAUAUCACACGAUCUUCAAGUCAUACAGGUACAGCAGUGAGGAAAACCCCUUGACUUCUAACAUGUUGACCUAUCUUAUCGAUCAUGUUGCUCUGCGACCACAGUACAUGUAGUGCUAGCUAGUGCUUCGAUGAUCCAGUAGAGCUUAGGUGCCUGAAAUAGUGAUAUACCAUUUUAUAUUAUCCCCUUUUUACUGUUGUUAGUUGAUGCUAAUCAAACCUGCACAUAAAGACUGCAUUCUUAAAUCUGUCAUUAAUAUAUCAACUUGCUAGCAAUUUUUUUUGUCCAUUUCGAUUUUAUUUUUUUGAGGAAGAUGAAUAUUUAGCUACACUACUGUAUAUACAUAUGUAGCAGAAAUUGUGCUUCAUUUUAGAGCUUGUAUAAGAGUUUAAGGAAAGAUUCAAGGUCCCAAAAAUGUUUCAAUUUUGUCUGAUAGGACCCUUCUCACAAUGUCCAACACUAUUGAGAUUACCAAGCUAAUAUGAAAUCACAGUAUGUUUAUAGUAGAGCCCGACCAUUGACAUUUCAGGCUUUAAAAAGAUGCUGCAGUUUUAGCUGAACAUGGACUAUAUAAUAUUGCUUUUAAUAAGUUUGAAAGAGGAGAUUAUAGAACUUCCUUUGGCUGUAAACAGGGACCAGAUUCUUGGAACUAUCAUAAGGAAUGACUCUGAGAUUAUCAAAUAUGUUUACUUGUGUAAAUUAAGGAAAGACGAUAUCUCAUGACUUCAUGUUUAACAGAAAAAUAGAGAAAAACGUGUUUUAAUAAAAGCAUAAAAAUUAGUCAUAAUACAUUACAUUUAUUUCAGAAGUUGAUAUAUGGAGACAGGGCAUAAAGAUGCUUAUAUUGCUGGAGUUUAAAAUAACAUUUGUGUACCCCCGGAAAAGGUAAUUACGGUUGAUAGGGGUUACAAAAAUGGUUCUGUUACCCUCCAUGUAUUUACUUCUGGAGUAACACCAACCUUACAUAAUUAGUUGUCGACUACCAAUAAUAAGUAGAACGUCCGAGAGGUAUCGAUGUAGACCUACCAAUGAUAAGUAGAACGUCCGAGAGGUAUCGAUGUAGACCUACCAAUGAUAAGUAGAACGUCCGAGAGGUAUCGAUGUAGACCUACCAAUGAUAAGUAGAACGUCCGAGAGGCAUCGAUGUAGACCUACCAAUGAUAAGUAGAACGUCCGAGAGGUAUCGAUGUAGACCUACCAAUGAUAAGUAGAACGUCCGAGAGGUAUCGAUAUAGACCUGUCCGUGUUGUGGUGUAUAUAUCCAUUGUGGACACUGUACUGGUGUUGGUGACGACUUGUGAUUUUUUUGUUAAUAUAUAAUUUGUUGACUGUUAAGGCAAAUCAGUAUUUGUGCUGUUUACACUAUAGAUUUAUACAGAUAUACUGAUUUACCACAUUAUCUCCAUCUUUCUAUAUUGUACACCAUAUUUAAAAAUUAUUACUAGACUUAAUAAAAUUUUCAUUUCUAU